CAUCUAGCAAACAAACAAUCAGGUUGUGUUCCUAAGCAAAAAUCUUAAAACAAAUACAAAGAACUCUUGAAAUUAAAUUUUACGUGUUUUAUAAAAUAAAAAAUUAAAAGAAAUUUUAAUUGAGUCAUCAUUAAGAAAGAAAAAAAAUAUUUAAAUAAAACUUUCUCAAACUGAAAAAAAAAGAAACUAAAAGAACAUUCUACAAAAACCAACAAUUAAAUCAAAUUGUGUAAUUGAAACCAACUAAAAAAACAAAAAUGGCUGUAGCAUUCUAUAUACCCGAUCAAGCCACCUUAUUACGUAAGGCCCGUCAACAGGAGCAACAAAUUUUGGCCAUGCGAGAGGCUCAUUGGCGUCAUGUGGCCUCGGUGGUCUAUGAUGCCCUAAGGCAAUAUUUGGAGGCCACACCUACUCUACUCAAUCGCGGCAAAAACAACAGCAACAAAAAAGUGAAACCCGCUAAAAAAUAAUUUCCAAAAAAAAAAAAAAUUUCGCUAAUUUCUCCAACAAAAUAAAACAGUAAGAGUUUUAUCAUACCAUCUACAAACCAUAAAGAUGCCAUAGUACAAAUUACUUACCAAUAACUAAAAAUUUCAUCUAUCAGCACAAACAAAAGCCGUCGGGCUUUUCUCCAUACAUUGUCUUAAAAACUAAACCGCUUUUUUAUAACUUUAUUUAACAAAAUUCUUUAUUAUUAUUAAUAUUCUUUCUUUUGUAAUUACUUUUCAAAAUUUUGUAUUUUUCUUCAUUUUCCUUUUAAUAUUUUAAUAUUUCUAUUUUUUUUAAAUCUCAUCAAAGCAAUUGUGAUAAAUAGUUUUGUUUUUUCUUUUUCCUUUUUUUAUGUAAAAUUUUUAUUUCUAUAUAAAAAUUAUUUUACUUAAAAUUAAAUAAAUGUAAUUUUUGUAAGAAAAGAUUAAAACAAAAACAACUAAAUUUUAUAAAAGAAAUUUUGUAAUAUAGUUUUUAAGUAUUACUUUAGUUUUAAGCUCAAACAAUAUGCAGAAAUUGUAUCAAUUUUUGUUAUAAAUUUAUAUAAAAUAAAUAAAAAUGAA